GUCUGGGACUUUUUCGUGUCACGCUCCAACCAGGAACUUGCGUCUCGCUGUGUGACAGUGGGGACAAUCAGGGUUUGGAUUUGUUGUCUCUCGGGUCCCACUGGACUCCAACAUGGAGCCCACCAAUCUACAGAAAGCUAUAGCAGUGGCACAAAAGGCCGCACAGGAGGACGACGUGGGCAACUACGAGGAGGCCAUUCGCUCCUACAAACACGCCGUCAAGUACUUUUUACACAUUUUACAUCGUGAGCCGCAGGGUAAAGAUGGCAAUCAGAAAAUCAGAGAAAAAUGUAAGGAGUACCUGGACCGAGCAGAAGAACUACAGGAGUACCUAGUGUAUAAAGAGAAAGCUAUUGAUCUUGCCAGCAAAGCAGCUCAAGAGGAUAAAGCGCAGAACUAUGAGGAGGCUCUGCGAAUGUACCAGGCUGCCGUACAGUACUUCCUCCAUGUGGUCAAAUACGAAGCCCAAGGUGACAAGGCCAAACAGAGCAUCCGAGCCAAAUGUGCCGAAUAUUUGGAUAGGGCAGAGAAGCUGAAAGAGUAUCUCAAGAAGAAGGAGAAGGCUCCUCCUGCUAAGCCUGUCAAAGAGUCACAAUCUGAUGACAAAGGGAAUGAAAGUGACGACGGUGAUGACUCAGAGAAAAAGAAAAUGCAGAAUCAACUGUCAGGUGCCAUUGUUAUGGAGAAACCAAACAUCAAGUGGGAUGAUGUUGCUGGGUUAGAGGGAGCCAAGGAGGCCCUGAAAGAAGCUGUGAUCCUUCCAAUCAAAUUCCCUCACCUAUUUACAGGAAAGAGAACUCCAUGGAGAGGGAUCCUGCUCUUUGGACCUCCGGGGACAGGAAAGUCUUACUUAGCUAAAGCUGUCGCUACAGAGGCAAACAAUUCAACCUUCCUGUCAGUCUCUUCGUCUGAUCUCGUGUCCAAAUGGUUGGGAGAGAGUGAAAAGUUGGUCAAGAAUCUGUUCGCCCUGGCAAGAGAACACAGGCCCUCCAUCAUCUUCAUUGACGAAAUCGACUCCCUGUGUGGCUCCAGAAGUGAGAACGAGAGUGAGGCGGCGCGUCGUAUUAAGACAGAGUUCCUGGUGCAGAUGCAAGGUGUUGGGAAUGACAAUGAAGGCGUGCUGGUGCUCGGUGCGACAAACAUUCCAUGGACCCUAGACUCUGCUAUCAGAAGAAGAUUUGAGAAAAGGAUCUACAUUCCGCUGCCGGAAGAACAUGCGCGCACAUUCAUGUUCAAGCUCCACCUGGGUUCCACCCCCACCAGUCUCGCCGAAUCCGACUUCAUCACACUGGGCAAGAAAACAGAUGGCUACUCGGGCGCAGAUAUUAGUGUUAUCGUGAGAGACGCGCUAAUGCAGCCAGUUAGAAAGGUCCAGGCAGCCACUCACUUUAAAAGGGUGAACGGGCCUUCGAGAGACGACCCCAGAAUUGUUGUACAUGACUUCUUGACUCCUUGUUCACCGGGAGACCCCAAUGCUAUUGAAAUGACUUGGAUGGAUGUGCCUGGAGAAAAGCUUUUGGAACCUGUAGUUUGCAUGUCGGACAUGUUGAGAUCUUUGACCAGCACCAAGCCAACUGUCAAUGAACAAGAUCUGGGAAAAUUGACAAAAUUCACAGAGGACUUUGGACAGGAAGGCUAGUUUCAUCAAUGCUGAACUUGGCCAAACUAAAGCAAAAUAAUUGCAAUGUUAUAUUUACUGUUUGUUUUUUUGUGUGUCAUCUUAACUACUCACCAGGCCUUGAUAUUUGUGUUUCUGCAACUUUUUCAUACUCCCCUCCCCCACACCCACCCACUCUAAUUACCACAAAACAACUUCUUCAGUUGGUGUCAUAACAUUAUACGGAGCUUAGAAGAAUUUUGGAUUUAUGCACUAAAGUUGUUGAUGGCAAAAUA